AAACAUAUUUAUAUGGUGACUCAUCUGCUUAUUCGUGCAACAUUGUCGAGCUGGGCAGACGUGCGAAAUCGUCUUCGCAUACUGUGAUUUUAAAUUUCCGCCAGUUGGCCCUAAAGGAGUCGGAAAGCACACCUUCACUGCGAGCCAAGUCUUACGUCAACUAAGUGUUCAUAUACCCGGCCAAGGGUGAUAUAAUAGUCAUCACAUUAUUUGCCUUGAAAUGAUGGGUUCCGUCAAAGAAUCAACCGGUAAAUUCCUCCAAAAUGAAACCAGGGCAACGGGACAUGAAACGCUUUUCACCGAAGCUCCAGCUCCGUAUUUCAAGUUGUCGGAUAUAAAUUUGAAUUUUGCCUUGCACCGCUUGUUCACCUUCUUCGCCUUUAUUCCACUCGAUUUUUGGCAAGGAUUCCCAUUCGCCCGUCUACUCGAGCUGGCCGAGCUGGGCCUCAACUGCGUCAAUGAGCGCGGCCGUGCAUUUUUCUACUGUACGUUUUGCACUUCAAAAUUCAGCCCUGAGGAAGUCCAGGGAUACUCUGUCCAAUAUAUUCGCGAGAAGAUGAAUUGCAGAGCUCACGCACAAAAUAUGCCACUGGGAGAUGUAGAGGCAAUGCAGAAUUACAAUUACGAGGCAUAUCGGCUGUUUUCGCUGCUGAAAAAGCCCGACUGGCAGCAUGUCGAGCCCUUCGGCCUGGCGAGAAAUGGAUUUUACUACACCGGAGACCAAGACCGUGUCAGGUGCGCUUUCUGCAAGGUGGAAGUUUGCAAAUGGACGAAAGGAGACACGCCCGAAUCGGAGCACAAGAGUUGGAGCCCAGAUUGCCCGUUUUUGCGUAACGCGGCAGACGUGGGCAACAUCGUCAUUGGAAAAGAGACGAUUAAGUUCUCUCACGACGGCUUGGGAACACCAAGUAAAGGCUCUCGACCUUUCACACCGCCUGCCACAGAAACCGAACACGAUGAUGCUGAAGCACGAGAUGCUGAACAGCAAGCCAGACGCCACCAAACCCUCCCUCAAGUGCCGGAUAUACCUGGUAAACUCGGCGAACUCUGCUGAAGCACACAAAAGAGACUGUCCCGCCGUAACAGUGUUUAGCAGUAAUGAAAUCCUCGCCACCAUCCACAAGUCAUGGAGUGACGUAAAUCAACUGUAAUUUGGCAAAGACUUCACUCACUCUGCUCAAUCAGCUCAACGAAGUUUUAGGGACGACACUCUCGAGCAAAAUUAAGACUAUUUUUUACAUAUGAAACAUAUAUCUGUGUUAUAAUCAUAACAUUGUUUACAAAGAAAAUUGGAAACAUGUGUUAAAGCGAAAAUAAUAAGAAAAAAAUGAUCUGUUUUUAUUUUCCUUUAUAUGAUGAGUUUUUGUGUCUCAUGAAAAGCCUGUUCAUGACUGUGUAUAUGUGAAAAAUAAUAUAAGCAUACACGAGGGGUCAACUUUGUUUCCCCCUGUUUAUAAAGUGUAAGAUA